UCAAAAUAUUACAGUGGUUUUUAUACCAUAUAGUGCAAAUUUUAAGAAGAACGCCAAUUCAGGAUGAAGUCUAUUAUUCCAACGACGUUAAGCUUUUUUUGGACGCAUGUUCUCAUGGUCCUUGUAUUCUUCCGACAAGCGGAAUGUGGAUGUACCAGUUAUGAUGUUCUACCUCACAUACUCCCUACUUAUUGUUGUUACGAUCUUGAAGAAGCUGUUUAUGACGUGUGUGGGGAGGAUAACUAUUAUGUAGACUGGUAUUCUAGUGUCGCCCAAGAUUGUUGCACUAUAGGUUGCUCAGAUUGGACACUUGCACUGUUUUGCAUCGAUCCUAUUGUACUUCCACCACUCCCUCGUUAUUGCUGUUUCGAUUUUGAAAUAGUUGUUGCUCAGGUGUGUGGGGAAGAUAACUAUGAGAUAGACCCAUAUUCUGCUCCCGUCAGAGAAUGCUGCAACCAAGGUUGCAAUGAUUGGGCACUUACACAGUUCUGCCUCUCUCCUGUUGUUUACCCUGAACCAAUACUCCCUACUUAUUGCUGUGAUGAUCUUGAAGAAAAAGUUAUUGAAGUGUGCGGGCAAGAUAAUUACUAUCUUAUUGACGCUUAUUCUGCUGAGGCCCAAUAUUGCUGCUACAUAGGUUGCGACGAUGACGAGCUUUCACAGUUCUGCAUUUACGCUGACGAUAUGUUCGAUCCUGCAAGUACCACAAGCCUUACGUCUACAAGUAGUGAAAACUAUAUGGAAGAAACCGACCCAAGCCUUAUGAGUGCAGACAGUGAAGAACUUAUGGAAACAACCGACCAAAGUCCUACCAAAACAACCACCUCAAGCCUUCUUAGUACAGAGAGUGCAAACACUUUGAAAACAACCGAACCAACCCCUACGACUCCCUAAGCGACUCUCUUCCAAGGAUAAAACUGGCGAGACAAGGCACGAUCUCAGAAAUGAAAUUGAUACCCGGUGAACACAGAUCGAAAAAUUAUAGUUUAAAAAACGAAUGUAUUUUUCUGAAUAGCAUAAAGUAAAUCACACAUGUACAAUUUACGUUUUGAACUGUAUCUAAAAUAAAAAUAUUUGAAAUAUCUCGAUA